UUCUCUUUCACAGAACAUGUUUUCGCCCCAAAUCUUUGUUUCCGGUUAUCCGGAAACAUAAAACGACAUCGUUUUGGCGUAUAGAACAGACGAAAUCGCCACAAUACGAGUUUUUUUAUAGAUCGAAUGUUUUCUUCCUCCCCGUGUCUCUGUCUCUGUCUCUGGCUCCACUAACUUAAUCAAUCUCUACAAGAAAGAAACAAACAAAAAUAAAAAAACUGCAGUCAUCUGUUUUCCUCUGUUUCUCUCGCUGCAGUGAUCGGCGCUUUCUUUGAUCUUCAGGAAUCAACACACACGUCAUGAAGAAGUUCUGAUGAUUUUGGUUUCAUGAGAUUGUUGUUUGAUCCCCUGUGUUAAGAAAAUCAAGAAUCUUUGGAGUGUAACAAUGGAGUGUUCGGUGUUCCAUCAUGUGGUGAUUGUGUUGAUCAUCCUUUGGGUUCUCUCUUACUUGAAUCGAUCACACGCCCUUUUCUAUUUCCUCGCUCUGGUCUAUCUCUACCUGGUCCAUGAACGCUACGUGAUGAGAUUGAGAAGGAAACUGCAGUUUGAAGAGAGGAAACAAGCUAAUCAGAGACGGGUUCUAUCUGAUUCUGAAUCAGUGCGGUGGUUGAAUCAUGCUGUGGAGAAGAUAUGGCCGAUAUGUAUGGAACAGAUCGCGUCUCAGAAGAUUCUGCGUCCGAUCAUACCUUGGUUCUUGGAGAAAUAUAGACCUUGGACCGCUAAACAAGCUCUGAUACAACAUCUGUAUUUGGGGAGAAACCCGCCUUUGUUGACUGAUAUAAGGGUGCUGCGGGAAUCUACGGGUGAUGAUCACUUGGUUGUGGAACUUGGAAUGAAUUUCCUCACUGCAGAUGAUAUGAGCGCAAUACUCGCAGUGAAGCUAAGAAAAAGACUUGGGUUUGGGAUAUGGACAAAGUUGCAUCUAACAGGAAUGCAUGUGGAAGGAAAGGUGUUGGUUGGAGUGAAGUUCCUUCGUCGAUGGCCGUUUCUGGGGCGUGUACGCGUCUGUUUUGUAGAGCCACCUUAUUUCCAGUUGAAUGUUAAACCAAUCUUCACUCAUAGUGUUGAUGUUGCUGUGCUUCCAGGGAUUGCAGGAUGGCUAGAUAAACUCUUGUCAGUAGCUUUUGAGCAGACUCUUGUUGAGCCAAAUAUGCUGGUAGUUGAUAUGGAGAAAUUUGUUAGCCCACAAUCAGGAGAAAAGUGGUUCUUUGUUGAUGAGAAAGAACCAGUUGCACACGCUCUUGUCGAAGUUGUUGAAGCAUCUGAGGUUAAACCAUCAGAUCUAAAUGGUUUAGCUGAUCCUUACGUGAAAGGGCAGCUUGGCGCAUACAGAUUCAAAACCAAGAUAUUAAAGAAAACAUUGGCUCCCAAAUGGCAAGAAGAGUUCAAGAUACCAAUCUUGACAUGGGACUCUUCAAAUAUACUCAACAUUGAAGUUCAAGACAAAGACCGGUUCAGCGAUGACAGCCUCGGUGAUUGUUCAGUAAACAUCGCAGAGUUUCGAGGCGGGCAACGAAAUGAUAUGUGGUUGCCACUUCAGAACAUCAAGAUGGGGAGGCUGCACCUUGCUAUCACCGUACUUGAAGACGAAUUAAAGUGUAACGACGACCCGUUCGAAGGAGUUACAAUAAGUAAGGAAGAUAUGUGGGCUUCUUUUGCUUCCGACGCAAACAGAUGUUCUUUCUCGUCAGUGGUAUCUGAUAAGUCUCCAAGGGUUCCGGAUAAUAUGGAACCAAUUAACAUCGAAGGACAAGAAGAGACUGGAAUCUGGGUGCAUCAACCAGGAACUGAAGUCUCGCAGAUUUGGGAACCAAGAAAAGGGAAGAGCCGAUGCGUUGAUAACGAGAUACGUGGAGUUCCUCAGGAUGCUUCUGCUGGCAGUCUCCGUUCCACCGCCUCUGCAUCGCCGAAUGAAAGCAGCAGCCCGGAUGAAAAUCAGGAAGGGAAGCACACGAUGAGCUCUGUUGGUCGGGGCUUGAAGAAAGUCGGUUUAGUGUUUCAUAGGAAUGGGAAAAGGGAAGAGUGUCACCACACAGAGAACAUGGAAGAGGAUAUCAGUUCUCCUCGGAUUAAUCUGAAGGCGUUAAAUAAGAAGGACUCUGGGGUUAGGUACAUCGUUGAAGACCGUCUUUCGGGGCCUCUCUCAGGGAGAAGUCCCAAAGCUGAGAGCGUUGGUUCUGAAGACAGUCAGCACAAGGGACACAUGAAAGAUGUUGCAAAGAGCAUUCUGAAACACGCUGAAAAGUCUGCAAGACAGAUAAAGCAUGCGUUUUCACGUAAAGGGUCGAGGAAAUCAAGGGGUGACGAGUCUUCGACGGUUUCAGAGCAAGAUGUUGUUCCUGAAUCUGAGUCUCUGUCCGACUCCGAAUGUUCUGAUAAUGGAUCUGCACUUAGCAGUGUGCAGGACCUAGGAACACCAAGAACAGCAAAACCUGAAGGUAAAAGUGUAGGGGAAGGCGAAGAUGAUCAUGUAAAUAAAGUUGCAGACAUUUCGACAAAUAAAGAAGCAAAGGUACAUAGAGAAAAUCCAGCAAAGUUAGAAUCUACUACGUAUAUCGAUGCCAGGAACUCAUUUGAUGGACCUGAGAGAGUCGUCACGCCCAAGAAAAUCGAAGGAUAGAAAGGGAAUCAUAGGCUAAUAAAUAUGUUCCAGUCGAGUAGUUGUAAAAUUUACGCCAAAGGAUUCUUGUACAGCUUUUGAGUUUUUGAUUCUCUGUCUUGCUUCACAACUUUUUGAGAGUUUCUGUCUUGCUUCUCCCAUUUUCCUCUCCCACUCGAAAAACAGAUUGCUUCUGUGUCAAACAAUACAGCAGAAUGUACAAAUCUUAUCCUGGAGUUUGCUGGCAAUCAGUAAUCAGUAAUGCGAUCCAAAUCUGCUUGAGAGUCAUUGUUCUUCGAAACUACGCAGCGAAGAACUUUCCACCACAUCCCUGUCUUUGGAACAAAACCAUGAUUCACCAUUUGUCUCAGAACCCAGUCCAUUUCCUCAACCGAGUUGGUUUCGCAGAGACCCAGAACCAUCUUCUUGUAGGAGAGAAAACUGGGUCUCAUACCCCAUGAAAUCAUCUGACUCAUCAUCUCUUUAGCUUCCAAGUUCCUCUUUUUAUCCAAGAGACCAUAGAGUACCUCCUGAUAAGUCCCAGGGUUUGGCUGACACCCUUUUAGCUUCAUUCUCUCCAAAAGUUCAAUCCCUUCUUCAACCCUACCUUUCUUCCUUAGACCUGAAAUCAGAAUGUUGAACGUGAUGGUGUCUGGCUCAAUACGUUCCUUCUCCAUCCUCUCCAACAACUUAAAGGCUUCAUCGAACUUGCCCUUAUUACAGAAACCACGGAUCAAAGGCGAGAAAGUCAUAACACUAGGCCGUGACUUUUGUUUAGGAAAUUCGUCGAGCAGUUGGAGUGCAGCAUCCAGAUUCCCACUCUCGCACAGUCCCUUGAUGAGUAUAUUCAAGCAACAAGCAUCGAUUUCCACACCCAGCUUAGGAGCACUCACGAAGAUCUUAUGAAUCUCGUCGAACAGCUUCGCGGAAACGAGUAGAUUCAGGAUGAAAUUGAAACUUUUGGGGCUUGGCCAGCACCCGAAAUCCGGCAUGCCGAACAGAAUCUCGAUCGCUCGGUUGAUUCUUCCGGCUAAGUUCCCGUAUAUCCUCAUCAAAUUGUAGAAGAAGUCCUCCGAAAAGCGACAACACCCUUUCUCGAGCUUCACAGCUCUCAUGACCUCUUCGAUUUCGUCGAACAUCUUGGCUUCUCCGAACUUGUUGAUCAGAAGGGCGUAGAGAGAUUCCGUCGGUUGAUAAUCCUUCCGCUUGGAGUAAUGUUGGUAAGCCGGCAUCAGAAAGCUCGGAUCUUUGACAUUUUCGAAGAUUUUCAAAACCUCGUUUGGCGCCAACCAGUCCUUGUGCCUUAGCCUGGCGAGUUUAUCGUCACCGGAGGAGUAUCGUUGAGACGGCGUAUAUCUAUCAGAAGAAGAUGAGAGAAAUCGAAUAGCCGAAGAAGAAGAAGAAGAAAGUGUUUGGCUUCUUCUGGGAUUUGAGUUCGAUGCCGCAGAGACAACGAGCCUCCGAAGAAUCAUUGUUUCUUUUCUGAAGAUGCUGAAACCGCGAAAUAUUUUAUCUACGGCAGAAUUUUUCUUGUCGACCAACUAUAAAUUAAACCAAGUGGUUUACUGUUUUAGCUAUUUCGGUUUGGCAUAACUUGUUCGAUUUUGUUGUAGAGUACCAAAUUAAC